ACAUCACUUGUGUGCUUGUGUGUAUUUGUUGAGUGCGCUCGUGUUACGAUUAUUAAACUUUUAAAAGUUGUAAUUUGUGUUUGACGUACUAUAAGUAUAUAAUUAUUGUGCUGCUUCUUUUAAAAAUACUGUAUUACAUUUAGUGCAUACUGUUUGUUUUGAUUAAAGUGAUUGCAUUAACAAAUUUUACCGUGCCACCGUUCCAAUUUUUAUACUACCGACUCAGCUGGAAUAAGAACUCGUCGCAGAUUUUCCAUCGAUCUCGCGCGAGGGAAAAACCUGUCGUUAUGGAGGUUACAAUGGAGGUUUCACUAGUUCGCACGCUCCUGUAGACUACGAAAUGUGAUACAACGCCACCUGGUGGCUGACCCGACAACAACUUUGGAGCAUGACUGAAUGAAUAACACGUCAAGAUGAAGUUAAACAUGUUCAAGCGAUCGAUGAUCUACGCGACGUUCUUCGGUUCGUGUCUGUGUAUCGCGCUGGUGGUCGCGGCUCUGGGGACCUGGCACUGGGUGGAUGCGACUGCCAGGGGUCUGCGGAACCCCACUGUGUCAGAAGCCAGAAUCAGCUUCGGACUGUUCGAGGGGUACAAGGAGCUGACUGUAGGCGUUGGUUGGAGGCACCGUCAUCUUAGUAUUAAAACAGGCACGUUGCCAGCGCGUCGUUGGGCGUGGUGUGGAACAGCCGCUCAGCUCGUGGUCGCUCUGGCGGCCAGUGGCGGCGCGUGUGUUCUGGCGGCGCUCGGAGCGGCGGCGCGUGCUCGGUGCUCACCAAAGCCUCUGCUCGUAUGCAACUGUCUCACAGUUCUGUUCACCCUGGGUGCGUUGGCGGUGUGGCUGACAGAGUUCUUCCUUCGACUCCAGCACAACGUGAUGUCUGAAGAGGAUCUGGCACUUAGCUGGUCCUCCGAUAUGACCGCUGACCUUGGAUUUUCCUUUUGGUUGGUGGUCACAGCGUGUAUAACAGCGUUCGUUAACAAUGUCUGUAUUCUGAUCGCGAUGUCAGACGGACGCGACGUAGACACUAGUGCCCCCGCGCUCGAGGAGAAAGUCAACGGAGCUAUCAUGCUUUAUUAGAUCGAGUUAAGGCGACACUAAAUGCCAGCGACCUUGAGCGAUAUUAGUUCACGGCUGCCGGCCCGCCAUCUAUGUAACAAAGCCAAUAUUUUCGAAAUUCUUGCGUGGAAAACAGUUUAUAUGCUUACAAUCCUCGUUAUUCACUACUUAUCUGAAUAAAUGAACCUACACAAAAAAGUACAAGCUAUAAGGAUAACUUUUCUGAGAGAGGUACCAAAAAAAUUCGUCACGCCAUGCCAAAAAACUUGUUUAACUUCAAAGAAAACUGGUAGUUCAAAAAGGCUCGGCAGUGUUAACUGUAACCAACAGCAAGCAUUAGCAACCUACAAAUAAGACUUAAGGAUAUGUGUAACAGGAUUAAGUAGUGUUCAUAGUUCGAUAUGCUAUACUUUCACCACAAAACUUGUCUAAAAACACCAUGUUUGCGUGUUUUCUGCUUACUCUUCGCCUUAAGGUACAAGAUUAUCGCGUUUUGUCUGUAAAUAUUGUCUAUUUAUACUAAACUAUGAAAUGGACUUAGUAGAUCAAAGAUUACUUAUUAUGUAAACAAUUUGUUGAAGUGAUAACUUUCACUAAACAGAAUUUAUGAACGAUGCUGGACUCGAACCCCCGACCUCUCGCGUUCCGUGCGAGUGCUCUGCCACUGAGCCAACCGUUCGAGUGACUAAGCGUUGAUAAAUCUUGUUUCUUUUGCGAAAUAACGUAACAUGCCGAAUAAUGGCUUUUAAUUCAAAUUUUCUUUUCUUGUUUUACAAUUUGUAUAUAUUUCUGAAUAUCACUUCUACCACUAUUCUCACAAUGAAAUCAAUCAUCAAGGCCUCGAAUAAGGGCGUGGUACGAGUUUUAAUAAUAAGUUGAAUAGAUCUGUUAUUUGUACAAAUGUUAUUUACAUAAGUUACAUUACACAAUAUAUGAAGGCCUAUAUCGUUAAUCUCGAAUAUAUUAAUAGUCUUAGCAAACACACACACACACACACACACACACACACACACACACACACACAUAUAUUUUUACCAUCACGGUCUCUACAACAGAACGCUAUUUGCUUCUAUCCUUACAAACCUCACGCGCUUCCUGUACAUUCAUUACUCUUUUCACACAUGCUCGCCGGUUCCGGGUGUUUCGGCCCUCUCCUGUUUUCAAAAAGUCCCCAAUUUGUUCGACGAAUGGAAUAUUUGGUUCAUGCUUUUUUAUCACUCAUUCGUGUCCAUGUGUCCAAAUCAUUUCAGCAUUCCUUUCUCAAUCCUUGCCGCGACAUCUUCAUUCAGACCACAGCGCGGUUGUAUUACUGCAUUCGGAAUUUUAUCAAUCAGUGUGAGACUGAUUAACACACAUACUACGCAGUGAUCUUCGACGCUAUUUUUCUGCUUUAUAUAUUAUAUAAUGUAAAUACCAUAAACUUAGUAUACUAGCGUAAUAGACAAACACUCUCCUCAUUACGUCAAGAAUAAAUUUAAAAUGUUCAUGUGUGCUAGUUUUACACCUAUACCAGAAAUACAUAUAGACUGUCGUUAUCUAACUUAGCUUAUCAACUAAACAAAAUGGUAGCUAAGUGCGUUAUAAUUCUAUUCAUUAUGUCGAAAUCUUUAGCGAAAUUGAAGAAAUUAUGAAACCAAUAUUAAAAGAUUGUUGUUGCCCCCGUUUUCCUCAUUGUGAAUCGCUGAUAGUCCGAUCCCUCUAAUAACUAUUUUACUCUGUGCCCAUCAAUGCCUUAGCACCUACGAAGUUCCAAAUGCCUUUAUAAUAAGCCAAAGUUUGGUUUAUUAUAAAGGCAUUUGGAACUUACUUCUUAUAGCUCGUUAGAGAGGAAUGAUUAAAUUGAGACACAGCUUUUAUACUACACCAAGAAAAUAUCACUUCACACUAUACCAUAGGGAGAUGCACCAUAUUAUAGUGUGAUAUAAAUCUUCAAGAUAUUUAUACCGUUAUAAUUAUUUGUUUUGUUUGAUUAUCAUAUACGAUAACUAACAAUAUAUAUUAAAAAACACUAAAGGAUUGUGAAUAUUAUGAUUUUUUUUUUAUUAUUUUCAAAGUUUUCUUUUUUUUCCUUGAGGUCAUCUGAGAUAAUAUGUAUUAUUUUUGAUAAAACCCUUAUGAAGUGUACUUAAUAUUAUUUAAUUUCAUUAUUAUCAUCAUUUAUAUAAACGUAAUCAUUUUUGUAUAAUUAUAAUUAAGUACAGACACUUUUUGCAGAUGCAUCAUCCGUAGGUUAAUUGGUAUCGUCUGCCGUCAGUAAAAUUUAAAAAAAAUAUAAGAUUUUGUUAAUAAUUCUAGGUAUAUGUGAGAUAAAGAUAAUCCGUCCAAUGAUAUAUAGUUUUUAAAUGUAUGUAAUACAAAUAAAAUCUAUACUAAUAUUAUAAAGCUGCAGUGUUUGUUUGUUUGUUUGUUUGUUUGAACGCGCUAAUCUCUGGUACUACUGGUCCGAUUAGAAUGAUUCUUUCAGUGUUGGGUAGUCCAUUUAUCGAGGAAGGCUAUAGGCCAUGUUUGUUUUUUUCAAAAUUAGGGAUCCGUAAUAAAAUUGCUAUUUUGUAACACAAGGUGUAAAAUCGAAAACCUAUUUUUGCGUGCGCUGCAAAAACUAUUGACAAUAGAACAAAAUGAUGUACAGGCUAUAAUAUAGGCAAUAUUUUAUUACUUAUAAAACUAUCGCGUGAAUUAUACUUUAUAUGGCAAAACAACGUUUGCCGGGUCAGCUAGUAAGUAAAUAAAGUGACAAUAUUUUGUUGUACUGUUUUAGUAAAAUGCAGUACAAUUUUAACUUCAAAUCUUAGAUCAUUUAUAUUUAUACGUCUAGAAAGACUGUGAUAGCUGUGAAAACGUUGAAAAAAUUGAGAUUCACAGUUAAUUUCUAUUUUGAGCAAUGCACGCGCACUAACACAAAGUGACAUACAAAUCGCGAGUGUAAGACAUAGAUUGUCACGCACACUAAAGUAAUAAACCGGGCCUGUUUUCAUCGUUUGUCUAGCAAGCAGCUCUAUCUAGGCGUAUUAAUUGUCUAAGCUUUAAAUAAUAUAUUGUACUGUUUAGUUGCAAAAUGUUAAAAAUAUCACGCACAGGUUUUUUUUUCUAUUAAAUGACUUUAUUUCGUGUUUCAUGUCAAAAACUAGACCAAAAUGUGAAAAGAAAAAAAAAACAAUUAAUUUUUUUGAAGUCGGGCGUUAGCAUUUGUUUUAUAAUAUAGUUAGAACAGUAUUAUAUUUUCAGUCUGUAUUUUUUGUAAGAAAAAUAUUGUCACAAGUGGAAUAAACUGGAACCUUAUUUCAUCAUCGUUACUGUUCUUUGUAUGUAUGUGUAUGCCCGCCUGUUCCGGGUGCUUCGGACCUUUCCUUUUUUCAAUAGGUCCCAAUUUGGUCGUCGAAUGUUCUACGAGGUCUCCAGCGACCGACUUGCUCACACACACUUGCGUUAUAUAUUUGAUAAGUCAUUCUUUCUUCACUCAUUCGCUCCACGUGUCCAAACCAUUUCAGCAUUCGUAAGAAUAACCCUUAAUGCAGAAAUUGAUAAAUAUUCAAUGAUGUUGCUACAUAGGUACACUAAUUCACUGUUUAAAAAAUUCAAGACAGUUAUUACUUUUUAUCAAAUGGAUCGAACCCGGUUCUAGCGACAAAUUAUAAUUGAUAAUAACUAGCUGACCCGACAAAAAUAAAAAAGGAAACAUAAACUUUAUAAAUUAUAUACUUAAACCUUUCUCAAGCACCACGCUAUCUAUUCGUGAAAUCAGCAUGAAAAUAUAGUUUUUGAAUUUAUCGCGAACAGACAGACACACAGACACGGCGGAGGACUUUGUUUUAUAAUUAUGUAGUAAUGGUGGAUCAAUUUACACACUGUAAAUAAAUAAAGGUAUUAUGUGAAUUUUUUGAACAUUUGAAAAUAUAUUCAAAAUUUAACAAUAAAAUCAGGGUUCUGGAAAACGACCCUUCAUCCAGCCACUACAUGUAACGCUCAUUCACAAGUAUGGCACAUGGACCAAACAUCCCCUUGAUUAUAUUUUAGGGAAUUUCGGCGCCUAUUUCUGCCGUGAAGCAGUAAUGUGUAAACAUUAUUGUUUCGGUCUGAAAGGCGCCGUAUCUAGUAAAAUUUCUGGGCAAAUGAGACUUAUUAUCUUAUGGUUAAGCUCAAGGUGACGUGCGCAAUUGUAGUGCCGCUCAGAAAAUUUUGGGGUUUUUCAAGAAUCCUGAGUGGCAUUGCAUUGUAAUGGGCAGGGCGUAUCAAUUACCAUCAACUGAACGUCAUACUCAUCAAGUCCAAGGACCCGAGACACGAAUGUUUAUUAAACUCAUUUUUACUUGACAUUCAAUGACAAUACAUAAGGAUCUUUAAAAAUGCUUUAUUUAGUAAGAGAAGUGGUUGGUUUAAAUUCCAUUUGUGACAAUAUUUUACGACAAUUUUUUUAUAUCAGCUCAAAAUUUUGUAUAUUUUGUUAAUUUAAGUGCCAUUAGAUGUAAGUUUGUAUUUUAUACUUUUUCAUAUUGUGCCUUUUGUAAAAUAAAAAUAGUAUCUUUGUCGGUU